AAAACACAGCCGCAGCGCAAAAGGCAGAGCACUUUUUUUCUUUUUUUUUGGUUUUUCCAUCAAAUUCAACGGCUGGGAGAAGGAGAAGGCAGAAUCCGGGAACUACUCAGAGCCUCUGGUUACAUACCUUUAGUGGAUUGAAGUCACUUUCAGUCAAAUAUCAUCACCAACCUUUUAUUUAAGUUGAUCGAUUAUUCACUCUGUCAAGUGAGUGCUUUGUUAUUUGUGCGCCCACUCUGUUUCUACGCUCACAAAUUGUGUUCGUGCUAAUGGGGUUUUGAUUUCCUUGAACUCCAUUUGGAAUUUUUGGAUCCGUUUUUCGUGGAAGAAUGAUGAACUUCAAUGAAUUUUGGACAAAGAAGACGCUUUAUGGUCUUGGGCUAGGUCAGUUUCUAUCGUUGCUGAUCACUUCCACCGGGUUUUCUUCGUCUGAACUCGCCAAAAAAGGAAUUAAUGCACCAACAUCGCAGUCUUUCCUCAACUAUGUGUUGUUGGCGAUUGUUUAUGGUGGUAUAAUGCUUUACCGAAGGCAAGCGCUCAAGGCAAAAUGGUACUACUACAUACUUCUUGCAUUGGUAGAUGUAGAAGCCAACUUCUUGGUUGUGAAGGCCUAUCAAUACACUUCUAUAACGAGUGUCAUGCUGCUGGAUUGUUGGUCAAUACCAUCUGUUAUGCUUCUUACAUGGAUUUUCCUGAGCACAAAGUACAGAUUUAAAAAGAUAACUGGGGUGGUUGUUUGUGUCGCUGGGCUUGUUAUGGUUGUUUUUUCUGAUGUUCAUGCAGGGGACCGUGCAGGUGGAAGCAAUCCUCGUAAAGGUGAUUUCCUUGUUAUUGCUGGUGCAACACUGUAUGCUAUUAGUAAUGUCAGUGAGGAGUUCUUUGUGAAGACUGCUGAUAGAGUUGAGCUCAUGUCAUUUCUGGGCUUUUUUGGUGCCAUUGUCAGUGCUGUCCAAAUAGCCAUACUUGAGCGCAAUGAACUUUCGUCUAUUCACUGGUCAGCUGGGGCAGCUGUUCCUUUCUUUGGAUUUGCAGGGGCCAUGUUCCUGUUUUACUCAUUAGUGCCACUUUUGCUCAAGAGUAAUGGAUCCACGAUGCUCAACCUGUCUUUGCUGACAUCAGAUAUGUGGGCUGUUGUAAUUCGAAUCUUUGCUUACCACGAGAAGGUUGAUUGGAUGUACUUUGUGGCCUUUGCUGCUGUUGCAAUUGGGUUGGUUAUCUAUUCUGGGGGAGACAGAGAUGUGGAUCAUCACCAAGUUGAUGUCGCUGAUGAAGAUGUCGAUCGACGCAAACACUUUGAUGAGGAGGCUGGCGAUACUGGAAAUUUUAAUCAAACGAGUAUAGCUGGGAGCUCAAAGACGGGGGACAACAGCCUAUCAUCAGGAUCUGUUACUGCUGGAAAUAGAGACGUAAAACAUAUGGAAAGCAAGAACGCUGGAAAAGAUACAAAGUUAUGAUUCUGGACGACAUGAAGUAGUGCUUUGGCGAUGAAUAAGUUCCACUACAGGGCAUUGAAGAAAUUUUAAUGGUAAUUUCAGUCAGUAUUUUUCAGUUGGGCAUUAUUAUUGUAGAAUCACUUUAUUCAUGUUUACCAUUAAACAAAGCAUUCUCUUUUAGGUUAAUAAGAAGUUUCCUGCAGCCAUUCAUUAUUCAA